AUGCCUCCUCUAAACACGGCGACGAUUGGCAUGGCCGUCACGCCAACAGUCGUCUCCACCCUCUUCAGUCAUUAUCUUAACCGCAAAGGAGUCCGCCAAAAACCCACCGAGCGACUCUCCUACGACGAAGGCCUCCACCUAAUCCGAUCCUUCCUCGACUUCGCAUCCUCCCGGCCCGUCGAAGAACUCCAGGCCUUCACCGGCCAAUGGGUCCCUCAUCCUUCUUGGGUUCGCGUCGACGAGGUCGAAAUCCCCCAAGACAAACUCGCAGACGCCGCCAACCUUCUCCACGAACAGCUCGGUCCCGAAGGUAUCAAGCGCGUCGGCGGCCGCGACUGGUGGCAAUGGCGCAAACCCAAGAGCCCCAUGAUGGCCGAGUGGAUCGAGAUGAAGGCCGACUACGAAGACCGCAAGAAAAACGCCGACCCGGGCAAUCGUGUUAUGUUGUAUGUUCAUGGAGGCGCGUACUUCUUUGGUAGUGUCAAUGAGCACCGCUUCAUGAUUCAGAGACAUGCCCGAAAGCUGAGGGCCAGAGCGUUUGCGCCCAAGUACAGACUGGCGCCACAGUUCCCGUUCCCGUGUGGAAUUCAGGACUGCUUGGCUGCGUAUCUGUACUUGUUGACGCAGCAGGAGCCAAAGACGAUUAUCUUGGCGGGCGAUUCGGCAGGUGGUGGCAUGGUGUUGUCACCGUCUAGGGCAUGGCCACCACCUGAUGAGGAUGAGAUGGAGGAGCUCAAGAAGAUUGCUGUCGAGCAGAAGAAGGGCGACGGCGUGAAGGAGGGCAGUUCAGAUUCCAACAGCGGCAUUCCCACCAUUGGCGACGUUGUCGACAAACCUACUCGGUUGUCACUUGCGAUCGACGGCCAACAGAUCGAUAUCAAGGAGCAGAUCCAGAUGUACACCACCAACGAGAUGCUCAACCACCCACUUGUUAGCCCAGUUCUGCAACCGACCCUCGGCGGUCUUCCUCCUCUGCUGAUUAUGACCGGCGGGGCGGAGAUCUUGCGAGACGAACAGAUUUACCUGGCCCACAAGUGCGCCCACCCCGAGAAAUACCUCCCACCCGACGCCAUGAUGGACGACCACGCCUGGGCUCAACUGAAGCAAUACCCACCAACCGACGUCCAGCUCCAAGUCUGGGAUGACCUGUGCCAUGUGGCUCCUACUUUGAGUUUCACACGGCCAGCGAAAUACCAGUUCCGAGCUAUCGCCCAAUUCGGCGCCUGGGCACUAGCCCGCGCUCAGCGGAGGGAUAUUGACAUUCUCGACGAUGAUGACGUCUCUGUUAUCUCCGGUCACUCCGGCGGGGAUGAAUCUGACGAGGACAUCCCUUCACCCGCCGUUGACCCAACUGAGCCGAACCUAGACCCAAAGCAAAAGCCCAAGAAAAAGACCAACAAAAAGGUCAAGAACAAGAGGGCCAAGACGGUUGCCGAACUGGAGAACGAAGCCAAUGCCGUCGGCAAAGCAGGCGACCCCCUUCCGCCCUUCCACCACCACAUGAUCCGCCAACGCGUCACCACCACCGGCCUGAUCCUUCCUCUCCCCGAACAUUCCGACCUCCCAGCCUGCUGCAUGGACAGAAACGCCAUUGGCCAAAUCAAAGCCGGCCCGGUGCGCAAGUGGCUCGCUCACAAGAAGAAGUUCGAUUCCCGCUUUGCUUCCACCAAGUCCAAGGUGCACAAGCAGAGAAUCAAGGACAUGCGCGAAGGCGGCUAUGAAGUCUUCCCCAGCGGCGACGUUCCCCCUCCCUCCGCGCUCGCAGGCCGCAGAAAGAUUGGCCACCGCGAAAAGGACCAGAAGAAGGAGAAGAAGAGUUGGGGUCUGUCACUCUGGGGCGUAUGGGGCAGCAAGCACGACAAGAUGACCAUGGAACGCGGAGAAAAGGCCGACCGCGCCGCAGACCGGGAUGUUACCACCAAGACCGUCCAGGGCGCCGACGGCGGCGAGGGCGCUAGGAGCUACACCGAUAUCGAGAACCAGGAAGGUACCGGCGUUCAGGGCAAGACAGCCGCCGGUGUGGAUCGUCCUGGUCUCGGUACCAGACCGUCUGCUGCCUCAGGGUCGAGGUAUAAGAGUGUUGCGGAUAUGGGGCAGACGGGCCCUCAUGAAGAAGAUGAAGACCACGAGAGGGCACAUAUCGAUGAGAUUCUGGCUUACCGCAAAGGAGAGCUGGAGGAACAGCAUCAUGAGGCCCCGGAGGUCGGAGCCACGGGGAAGAGGCCGAUUGUCGAUGGUCUGGCAACUCCGUUCAGCCUGGGAAAGAAGGCCGAGACGGCUAGUAUGAUUACUCUGCAGAGUGGAAAGAGUAAGAUGACGACCGGUACAAGUAUCUUGCAAAGUCCGCCGGGUACCAGUGGCAGCGCUGGUGCGUCGAGGGACAAUUUGUCUUUGAUGCCCGGUGCUGAUGACUUUGCCUCUGCUGAAGUUGACGGCAAACAGGCUGGCGGGAGUGCAUUGAAGCAUGAAGUUAUCGUCAAUGGACACAGCAAGGAGGAGGAGGCGGAGAGAAUUGUCCCCCAAGAAGCCGAAGUUCGUAACUAUGCCACCGCACCACUGGACGCCACAAGGGGAAUAGGCAUGUCGUUGCCUACUCCUCUCACUCCUGGCACGCCGGGCACUUUGGGAAGCAGACCCGGGUUGGAUCGGUUCGUUACUGCCGAUGAGUUUAUGAGCAGUAGUGGUGCUCCUACUCCUACGGCUAGUCAGCCCAAGCUUAACGGGCUUGAUAUUUGUUUUGGGGAGUGGUUUUUGCAGGAGUGCGUUUUCUUUUGGUUUUUGAUAUCCCGACACCUGAGUAUGUGUUUGGUUUGCUUGCUCAUUGCUACUGUUUUUGGUCUGCUACAGACACAAUGUCGAAAGAUACUUGGGGCGAAGUGGAGGGAAUAA